UUAGAAGUUUCGAAAAAAUCCUAGAGAUUAGCGAUUUUACAGAAAUAGAGUCUUUAUCAAACCUGUACGUCAUUUGUUAAGUACCUGAUUUAUCUUCUCCUAUAAAAGAACAUCGAAUCAGUGGAGGCACCAAAAAGUAUUUCUACAGACCUGCAUUUUUGAAGCUCAAGGGUAAAAUCAGCAAAAUGUUUUGGGUUCCUUUUGCCAUUUUAUUCCUUACAGGUACUGCUUUGGCAUCACCCCUUGCCAACCAAUAUGUGGACAGUGUCCUGAAUACUGCCCUUCGAAAUGAAAUAAGAACUCUUAGUUUGGAUCCAGCUUCUCUGCCAGACUUCCAAGUUGAAUUUCAAGACAAAGUGGCUAUCAUUGGUAAAGUAAAGGGCAAGGCUGAAUUUACCAAGGGUAAUCUCACAGGUCUUUCUAAUGCACGAAGAUUUUCUGAGUGUCAAGGACCUUAUUACAGCUUCGGAUCAAGAAAUAUCAAUUGCACUAUUGCAUUUGAUAACUUAAAGAUAAACUACGAUGGAAAAUUGAAAUACGGCAAGAUGCCAAAAGUCAACAUCAAAGGCAAAGCUAAUGCGACUAGUACCACAGUCUUUUUCGAAGUUACUAGUCAGACACCGGGUAUGCCAGGAACUGUGAAAAACUUUUAUUUUACUCAGGUUGGAAAACUUGACAUAAAAUUCACUGGUUUAGGACCAUUAAACAAGUUUGUGUACGUCCUAGAAAAUGGAUUUAGGUCACACAUUGAAGCUCAAGUAAUUAAUUCCAUGAGCCAAAGAUACCGAGAUGCUCUAAAUAAAGCUGUUGGAAUGAUUCCGUUACCAAACUGAUGGAACUAUCAUAAAGCGCCUUGUCACUAAAACAUUCAUAAAUUCAUUUUUAUAUGUGUUCAUAGCAAAAGCAUGACAUCAAAAUAUUUUAAGGAUAAAGAUAGUUUUUAUUUUUUGUAAUUGAAAAAUAUUGAACUAUUUCAGACUUUUGAAUAAAAGUUGGAAGUUUGAUA